AGAUGGCCUGGUUCUCAGCCCCUCCUGUGCUCAGCCCCCCCGGAAGGGACACGAAAUCAGUGACAUCCAUUGCGUGUAGAGGUGCCCAGCCUUGCCACACCCCCAGAAGGCGGGUCCCACAGCACAGUUCACACCACAGCGGAGGAAACAAAUCUGAAACAGAUUUGAGAGUACUGAGGAUUUGCCAGGGAGGGCUGGUCCAGGGCCAGGGCCAGGGCAGGGACAGCUCCCAGCUGUCUGUUUCUCACAGCAUCGGGGCAGCAGUUGCUCCUCUUCCUCUUCCUAGGAGAAGGGGCCGGCCUGGCGAAGGGGCGGGGAGUGGGCGGGCGCUGACUGCGGGCUCUCCCGCCUCCUCCCGCUCCGCUGAUCACACCCGCAGUCGCCCGGCUGAGCCAGAGAUGCCUCCGCACCGCCUGGCCAUGGACAGCCAGGUGCUCCCGGCCUUCCUGCUCUGCAGCACGCUGCUGGUCAUCAAGAUGUACGUGCUGGCCGUGAUCACGGGCCAAGUGAGGCUGCGGAAGAAGGCUUUUGCCAACCCAGAGGACGCCGUGAGACACGGGGGCCCGCAGUACUGCCGCACCGACCCGGACGUGGAGCGCUGCCUCAGAGCCCACCGGAAUGACAUGGAGACCAUCUACCCCUUCCUCUUCCUGGGCUUCGUCUACUCCUUCCUGGGUCCUGAUCCUUUUGUCGCCUGGAUGCACUUCCUGAUCGUCCUCCUGGGCCGUGUGGUGCACACGGUGGCCUACCUGGGGAAGCUGCGGGCGCCCAUCCGGUCCGUGACCUACACCCUGGCCCAGCUCCCCUGCGCCUCCAUGGCCUUGCAGAUCCUCUGGGAGGCAGCCCGCCACCUGUGACCAGCAGCCACGCCGCCUUGGCCACCAGACCAUGGGCCAAGAGCCACUGUGGCUGUUUCUGGGGACUUGGUGUCCCUUCCAGAUUGUGAUAGGCCCUGGGUCCUGGUUUCCCGGCAACCUUCUGAGUACAUGGACACUGGGCCCAGUGGGCCUGUGUGUGUGCAUGGGUGUGCACGUGCGCGCUUGUGUGUGUGUAUGUGUGUGUGUGUGUGUGUGUGUGUGUGUGCACACGCCCUUCUUAGCCCUUUGGAUUCCUACAUGAAGUGGUUGACCGGACCUACACAGAGACAGGCUGUCAAGAUCGACAAUCCCUCAACUCAAAUAACAGAGCACUGAAAACAUCACCCUUCCCUCCGUAAGAGUGGACAGAGAGGGAGUCUCCAUUCAGGGUCCCAAACCUAAGGACUCUCUGAAUCCAGGCUAAGAACGUGGACUCAGCCCACCCCGGAGGUUCCAGCCCAGCCGUCUGCAUUUGACAAAGGCUCCCCGCGGUGACACUGAGUGCAAACUGGGCGCGGGAUUGUGCCCCCGUGUUCCCUCUUGACGCCUCCCCUGCCCUUUGCUCUGGAUUCCUUUUCCAGAGCCUUCUCUCUGGCUCAGGGGCAGAUGGGAGGGGUCCACAGUAGGGCCGGCCUUCUCCUCCAGGGCUGCAGCACUGCAAAGGGCUGUCAGUCGAGGACAGUGGCUUUGAAUGACCAAUCACUAAAAGGAACUUUCUGGCUCCUUCAGUAGCUCUGGGGUUUGAAAGCUGCAAAUGUCCGCCCCUAUGGGGAAUCCGUGUGCGUGCGCGUGUGCGCGCGUGUGUGUGGCCUCUCCUGGACUCACAUGUGAUUUUUAGUCAUUAAAUGGAAGUGCCUGGUCA